GAAAGAUCUAGCUAGAGAUCCAGUUCUACACGAAUGGUGACACUUUCCGAAUCUACAAGCCUGCCACCAUUGACAACUCGAUUUGAUCUGCUGCAACCUUGCUUGUUGCUUGCUGGUACCAUCUGUGGCUAACAAUCCGAAGUCAAUCCUACCAACUUUGACGCUGUUGGCUGCAAAGCUCAUAUCAACAAACAGAAAAGCAAUUGAGUUAGUUUGUAUUCAAAAACAGCCAAGAUGAAGCUUACCUUCGUUGCCACCCUUGCCUUUGCGGUUUCAUCUGUGACGGCACAAUGCCCUGUCCCUUCUGGGACUGUUGCCUGCACGGCGGAUAUCAAUCCUGUCCAGUGUGGUGCAGACAGCUGCAUAUACGAUAACAUUUGUUUGGCUACAUCUUCUGGUUUUGUGGACACGGAUUGUUGCCCAGCUCCCAGGGAUGGUGUUGUAUGCACCGCCGAAAGCAACCCGGUACAGUGCUCGGACGGCAACAACGCUCAGUGUGUUUAUUCCAGCCCUUGCUCCGGGACCGCUGCAGGAUUCAUGGAAACCCAGUGUUGCCCUAUUCCUGACUCAAGUAGCGUCACUACACCCUGUACUUCCAAUGUCAGCCCGGUGGAAUGCGGCCCCAACAAUUGUCCAUACUACAAUCAGUGCCUUGCUAAUGCAGCACGAUGGAGCGAAACAGAUUGUGCGGCACCAGUUAACAAUCCAUGCUGGUAUUUGCAGGACUGUGAGAGCUGUCUUUCCAGUCCUAGUGGAACCUGUAGUUGGGAACUUGGGUUCUAUUGUACUGACAAGAGUUGUACCAGCUGUGUGACACCAAACUAUGGUGGUAUGGGCGACGACAAGGCAGCAAUUUGCGCCCUUCCAGAAGCCCAAAAACCAGCAGAUGAUAUCUCCUGUCCUGAACGAGCGGAUUGUCUAACAUGCAUAUCCUCCAACGUUUGUGUUUGGGCGGGUGGAACCUCCUGUACAGAAACAUGCACCAGUGGAGUCAACUGUGUGGGCCCCAACUGGGGAGGGCUAGGCUAUGACAAGUCUGCCAUCUGUGACCUUGCCGAAGCCAAACCGGGUGCUGCAGUUGGCUGUGGUAAUAUCAAUGAUUGUGAAGCUUGUUUGACUGCUCAGUGUGCUUGGUCAAGAGGAACCAUCUGCACUGCCAACUGUCCCAAUGGAGACGAUGGCACCUGUGUCGGUGCAGCAUGGGGUGGAUUGGCCAUUCCAGAUAUCUGCAAAGUGCCUGAAGCUCAAACACUAGCCCCAAGACUCUCCAGCACUGGAGAGUCUUCUGCCGUCAGUUUCCAAAGUGCUGUUCUUCCUUUGGUGGGAGUUGCGGGGAUUAUGAUGGUUGCAGCGGCCCAAUAAAAAGCAGGACGAAUCGUUGAACGCUGCUCUUGACCCUAAUUUAGUUUCAGUUUCAUGUUCGAUUAAUCUAGGACUUUCGCCUUUACUAGCUUUGU